CUGUAUGACCGCAUGAUGGCGCCAAGCCACUGCAAAAGCUGUCCACCGAUGGAAAAGCGUCGGAUUGUGAUUUUUCCGGAUAGGUGUCGGGAAGAUACCGGAAAACAAAUAUCAGUGUCAAUGUUUGGUUCAGCACCCUGCAUACUGGAUACAAGACACGAAUUUCAUUCAAUCUCAGUAGGAAGAGGGCUGUUUAUUGUAGGCGUGGCAAGGGGAGUGGCCGACCUUCAUGCUGAGAGGUCACGGAGGAGGAGCCCCAUGGAUGAGGGUCAGUGUGAGAGGGCGGGACCAGUGGUGUCAGAGGGUCAGGAGGGCGGGGUCGACCUCCACUACAACCAAUCAGACCCCUCGGAACCAAUUCAGGUCUCCGCCCACCAAAACCAGAACUUGACACAGACUCAACUAGAUGAUGGACAAAGGGUUGGAUGUGACUCCAUCGAACAAGACUCUUUAAACGGCAAUAGGGAUGAAGAGGAGGAGGAAGAUGAUGAUGAUGUGAUAGUGGAAGAAGAGAAGGACAGCGUGACAGCACCUGACACUCCUAUGACUGACUCCUCCUUCUCAGACACAGGCAGUUUGGUAGAGCUCCACCCCUCUGUGUCUCCAGAGACUACAUGUCCCAUCAGCCCCGUAGCAGGUAGUCCAGACGAACCCUCCUACAGUAACCCUGAAGGGAAGACACACACCUCCACCACAGAACCUACCACCUCCACCACAGAACCUACCACCUCCACCACAGAACCAACCACCUCCACCACAGAACCAACCACCUCCAUCACAGAGCCUACAGGACCCACCUCCACCACAGAACCAACCACCUCCAUCACAGAGCCUACAGGACCCACCUCCACCACAGAGCCUACAGGACCCACCUCCACCACAGAACCUACCACCUCCACCACAGAGCCUAUCACUACCCUCCUAGCCUCCCUACAGGAGCUAGGGGAACGUAAAGAUCACUCCCACCUUCCUCAGUCCCUCCAUCAGAUAGCUGAGGCCUUUGUCCUCCAGGAAGAUUAUGAGCGAGCAGUGUGCUGUGUUCAGCUGGAGAGACUCUACCACCAGAGACGACUACACAACCUGACAACACUGCAGGAACAGUGGGAGAGGAGGUGUAGGUCAGACGGUCAGGGAGAGAGGAACAGUAACACCAACCUGGCUGCACAGCAACUGGACAGACUCGCAUACAUCUGCAAAACACACCAACGACCUAGUCCUGGAACAGAGAAGUGUGAGGCUGUGGACUCUGUCUCUGUGCGUGUUGAAGAUAAAUGUCCUUCACGCAGCUCAGUUGGGUGUGCAUCAGCGAUGGAGGAGGACCAUAGAGUAACAGACUCCACCCUCUCCCAGAGCAUCUACCCAAUCAAAUCAGCUGCUUCCCCGAUGAACAGCCUUUGCUUUAAUGACUUUGCAGCUCUGGACGUGGCACAGAACAGCAGAGACUCCAAGAGGAUUGAGGGUUUCCAUAGAGACCGUCUUAUUGACAGCUCCCUUGCCAAAGGGGAGGAGAGGGAGGGCAGGGCUGAGUUCACAGGCGCCCAGAGCGAAGGAACAGGACAGCAGACGGAGAGAGAGAUGGAACACACCACUCAGGAGGGAUACGCUGGGCCUGACCCUCCUACGGAUGGGGAAAUUAGCCGAUCCAAGCCUGAGGAGCGGCUGGGAGGAGAGGAAGAACAGGAGGAGGUGGAAGAAGCAGAGGAGGAGAAGGAUAGUGACGUGUGUUUUAAAGCUCUAGAGGAGAUCUCAGUCUUGGCAGUGAAGGAGCAGCUCACACUGGAGGAGGUGCAGCAGGAGGAGAACCAGAUUGAGGAGCUGUGCGAGGAGUAUGUUCAGGAAGAAGACGUGUUUGUUGUGGAGAUUAUCAGAGAUGGAGCUGCGGCUCUCGACGGCCUGGCCAAACUCAUCACAGUGGAGAUGACCCCUGCCCCUAGCCUGGUGUCCAUCCUGAAGAAGAGGAGGAGGAGUGUGUGUGUGGAGAAUGUGUGUGUUGCUCCCUCCUCGGCCCCGCACAAACAUCCUGCUAAGCGCAGGGUCCGCUUCAAAGUACCUGAUGACGGCUUUGACCAGGACCAGGUGGGCGGAGACUCGUGCCUGCUCCUCUUCCUGCUCUGCCUGGUCACCGUGGUGAUCAGCCUGGGAGGCACUGCCGUCUACUGUGCUCUGGGCAACGCCCACUCCACCGUCUGCACCGACUUUUCUCGGAACGCGGACUUCUACCUCGCACAGCUGCAUCGUGGAAUGAAUCAGCUCCGACACUGGCUGACCCCUGGGUUUUAGCUGACCCCCAAGGAGGAGAGAAGAUGGGAGAAGGAGAGGAACGAGAAUCCCUUGUUUUCCAAGGUGGAUACUCUCCUUUCUCCAACUUGGACAGGAUUUCUCUCCAUGUUCUCCCGUUUUCCUAUCUCUCUCUCCGUCUUCACUGGCUGGCCAGUUAAUGUGUGUGAUGGGAGAGCGAGUGAUGGAAGGUGUAUGUGGUACUAGUAGCCUGCAACCACACUAACAGCAGCCUAAGAUAUCUGCAGCGCUGCCUAGUAGGACUAGUAGGACUGACAUAGGACCUGUAAUAUACAGGACUACCUAUAGAUUUGAACUAUACACUACUGGACAUAGAUCGACUCUGUCAGCCCAGAGGAAGGGAUAAACUAGGCUAGACUCAUUACCACUUACCUUGGAUCCGCUCACUACCAUAUGGAGACGUCUGGAUCCUUCAGGCAUGGACAAGACCGCUCACAUGCGCAAACAAGAAGCGGCCGGUCAGCCUUUUUAAGAAACCGCCGCCGCUCUUUGUUUAUGGACUCCAUUUUGAAUCUCAACUGCACUUCGAAUGUGAACAAUUCUGCUGUGGUCAGAAACAUUAAAUAAUGUCUUAAAAAUAUUAUAUUAAUGAACGUUUUGUUUUAAUUAAACAGAUUUGACUUUUCUUUAUGUUCCUCACUGUUGAAGAUUCUUACGGAGUAUGUCAAGGUGUUUCUUUGGGCUGAAGUUAGAAGUUGCCCCUAACCACAGAUCUGAGAUCAAAUCUUAACCUUAUCCUCAACCAAAAGGGGGAGGAAAUGUCUGACUCUGUAUCAGUAGUAAGGGCCAACUUCUACAACUUCUGUUUGAGGGUGUCUGGGAUUAUUGGGUUGUUUUGGGGUACAGAUUGUAGCGUUGGCCCUUGAUGGCCCUCAAUGACCAUAUAUGCAACAUGGACAAGAAAGCAAUACGUCUGUAAUCGUGUUCAAGAAUGUUUAGCGCCCUAAGGGUCAGGUCGGUACUAGAAGAGGAAUAUCUGUUCAGCUGAGAAUUGUCUUUGCUCAGGCAUGUGUAUAUUUAUCUUUAUUGUAAAAUAAUUAUGGGCAUGAUCAGUAUUACACCGAGUGCAUUACCUCCUGCGAUCAAUGGACUUGAUUGAUUUAUACUUAUUAUAAUUAUAAGGGGGAAGGAGAAGAGAUGAGGAGAGGAAGCCACAGUAGAGUAUUGAGAUGCAGCCUUGGUUUUAUAAGGGGGGAAGGAGAAGAGAUGAGGAGAGGAAGCCACAGUAGAGUAUUGAGAUGCAGCCUUGGUUUUAAAAUGAUUUUCACGUGUCUGGCUGGUCCAGAUGACUCUGUCUUACUGUUUGGAUCUGAAGUAUUUAUAUCAUAUCUGCACAAUGUGGGGGGAGAGAAAAAAAAUGACCAAAGCAUGUGCUUUUCUGUUGUUUUUCUCGUUUUGGCUUGAUGUGGUUAUCGUUGGUUGUUAUUUUCCCUUGUUUUGUUCUUGAAGACUAUGUUUUGAAAAAGAGGAGUCUCUUUCCAAGACUCACCAGUUAAAGAAUGCCAGUUGGAAAAGUCAGAACAGAAACGGGACAGAACAUUUUGUCUCUGUUUUCAACUUUUGAUCUGUGUAUGAUGACAUGUGAAGACGAUUAGCUAAUGUUUGUCAUUGUGGCUAAUGCUGCAUUCAGAACCAAGUGGGAAGGUGGAAAUUACCAGUGGUGAAUUUGUAAUUGCGAGUUUGAUGCAUUCACUUGCUUUGAACUUGUUGAGAAACGCUGAUUGGCUUAAGGCAAACAAGCUGGGACAAACAAACUAAAAGUACAGCUAUCAUGCUUGUAAACAAAUUAGAGUUCAAAAAUCAUAUUAAUACAUUGCUUUUUACAAAUAAUGUUUUGUUGCAUUUAACUACCGAAAAUGCUGUUAUCGAGAUAAUUUCCUUAGUAGGUGACGUUGGAGUUGAGCAUGUGGGAGAAGUCGGCGCUCAGGGAUGAUAGUUUCUCACUAGUAAUUACAGGUUGGAGGGCCCGGUCGUAUAUGGGAAGCAUUUUGCUACACCUGCAAUAACAUCUGCUAAAUAUGUGUAUGUGACCAAUACAAUUUGAUUGGAAUACCACCUUCACACUUAGUUAUGAACGCAGCAUCAAAUCUUUCUUUACAGUCGGUGAAGAAAACAAUGAGCAAGUUUGUUUUGCAUGGCCUGGUACCCCGGAUGGGUGGAGUUUGUUCAUUUGAACCAUUCCAUUGGCACUAAGAGAAAUCUCCAGCCACCUGGGGCACUGGGCAAUGCAAAACGAAACUCAUCCAUUGGUCAAGUUUGUUUUGUAUGGCCUUGUGCCCCGGGUGGGUGGUGUUUUCUCAUUUUAAACCAUUCCAUUGGUCCUUAAGUGAAAUCUCUAUCUACCCAGUGCACCGGGCUUUGCAAAACGAAUCACCAUUGAGAGGGAUGACUGUGGUGAGUACCUUUUAAACACCUGUUUCUCUCUGUAGAUUGGUUAAUAAACCUCACUGUGGGGACUGAUCUGACACAAUU